AAACCCAUGAAAGCCCAUCUGGUUAUGCAGCCCUACCUUUUCCCCUCUCUACCAACAUAAAAUCCCAACUCCAAAACCCUAGCCUCUCUCCUUCAGAUCACAUUUCCGCUCCAGCAGUCGCGGCGGGCAACAGCAACAGCCAUGGGUAUCGAUCUGAAAGCUGGUGGCAAGAGCAAGAGGACUAAGCGGACCGCACCCAAAUCCCAAGAUAUCUACCUCAAGCUCAUCGUCAAGUUGUAUCGCUUCCUUGUGAGGAGGACGGGAAGCAAGUUCAACGCCGUGAUACUGAAGAGACUUUUCAUGAGCAAGGUCAACAAGCCUCCCAUUUCUCUCUCCCGUUUGAUUCGUUUCACCGAGGGAAAGGAUGGUAGGAUUGCAGUAGUUGUUGGGACCAUAACUGAUGACAUCCGGGUGGAUGAAGUCCCUCCUUUGAAAGUGACUGCACUGAGGUUCACAGAAACUGCAAGAGCGAGGAUUGAGAAGGCAGGUGGGGAGUGCCUUACAUUUGACCAGCUCGCUCUUAGAGCCCCACUUGGGCAGAACACGGUUCUCCUUAGAGGCCCAAAGAAUUCUCGCGAAGCAGUGAAACACUUUGGGAAGGCUCCUGGUGUGCCGCACAGCCAUACUAAGCCUUAUGUGCGAGCAAAGGGAAGGAAAUUUGAGAAGGCCAGAGGAAGAAGGAACAGUAGAGGCUUCAGAAACUGAGCUCUUGGCAGUGGUUGCUACACAGACUGAUCUAUUAUUCUAAGCGAAGGAUUUUGUCCACCCUUUUAGUCUUGGAGAGUAUUUUGUUUUCUGUUUUUCUGUCUUUCAGACAUUCUCAAUAUUGUAGCAGGUCUUCAGCAUUUGUGUUGUCCUUAGUUGUUGGAGCUGGAAAUUAUUACAUGUCUGUCUAUCAGGGAUUGAUUCGUCAUAUUUUUCAGUUAUGGAUAUGCCAUUCAGAAAAUAACCUGUUUCAGUUCCUAAAA